CUCAUUGAAGAAGAAGUAGUUUCGCUACUCUCGAACACGGCCGAUGCCUAUGGUUACGCCUGUGUAGCUAGCUACAUGCUAAUUCUCGAAGCGCACUCAGUUGACCUAUUUUGCAGGUGUUUUACAUGGUGUGGUACCGCUACCUUUCAUCUCAUUUUUUGGAGACGCUACACUCAAUAUGAUGGGUGAACUGGUGGCUGAAAUGUGUGAUCAGCUUGUUAAAGCUGUGAACGUGAUGAUGGACGCGGAAUCUAGCCAAAUAUAUCGCCUGGAGGCCCUAAAGUUUUGUGAAGAAUUCAAAGAGAAGUGUUCCUUCUGUGUCCCAUGUGGGCUACAGUUGGCAGAUAAAACUCAAACAGCAGUGGUGAGGCACUUUGGUCUACAGAUACUGGAGCACGUCAUCAAGUUCAGAUGGAACAACAUGCCACAGCAAGAGAAAGUCCAGCUGAAGAACUGUGCUAUGGGGCUAUUGUCAACUGGCACAUAUCCUAUCCUGGAGGAGGAGAGCCACAUCAAGGACGUUCUCUCGCGGAUCAUAGUGGAGAUGAUCAAGAGAGAAUGGCCUCAGCACUGGCCUGACAUGCUCAAGGAGAUGGAGGCACUCACCUGUGUAGGGGAGGCCCAGACAGAGCUGGUGAUGUUGAUCCUGCUGCGACUGGCGGAGGACGUGAUCACCUUCCGGACCUUGCCCACCCAGCGCCGCCGGGAUAUCCAGCAGACCCUCACCCAGAACAUGGAGAGUAUCUUUAGCUUCCUGCUCGCCAUCCUGCAGCUCCACGUCGACGAGUACCGCAAACUGAAAAGAAUCCCGGGCCAAGAAUUGCAGGCCAAGGCCCACUGUCGGGUAGGCGUGGCCACUCUAAACACCCUGGCAGGCUACAUAGACUGGGUUGCCCUGGCAAACAUCACCAAUGACAACUGUCGCCUGCUGGAAAUGCUGUGUCUGUUGCUCAGUGAGACAGAGCUGCAGCUGGAGGCUGCAGAGUGCCUGCUCAUUGCCAUUAGCCGCAAGGGGAAGCUGGAGGACAGGAAACCACUCAUGGUGCUGUUUGAUGACGUUGCCAUGCACUACAUCCUCUCUGCUGCACAGUCUGCAGAUGGAGCAGCAAUAUGCAACAAAUCCUCUCCAACACAGCCAGUGGGGGUGGGGGUGGUGGAGACACACUACACCUUCCUGAAGAGGCUAUGUCAGGUCCUGUGUGCCCUGGGCAGCCAACUCUGCUCAUUAGUGGGUUCAGAUGUGGAGGUAGAGGUACCAGCAAACCUUAGCAAGUACACAGAAGCGUUCCUGGCCUUCACCACACACCCAAGCCAGUUCCUUAGGUCUUCCACCCAGAUCACAUGGGGAACGUUGUUCAGACAUGAGAUUCUCUCCAAGGAUCCUGUCAUCAUCCAGAUGACCAUCAAGUACUUUAGAGCCACCAUGACCAACCUAGUCAAGACUGGUUUCCCUUCCAGCAACGACAGUCCCAGCUGUGAGUACUCCCGUCAUGACUUCGACAGUGAUGAAGACUUCAACUCCUUCUUCAACUCGUUCCGAGCGCAGCAGGGGGAGGUGGUCCGGAACGCGUGUCGUAUUGUCCCCUUGGAGGCCUUCCAGAUUGCAGCAGAGUGGCUGCAGUAUCAGAUCAGUACGCCCAUCGAUAUCGGAACCACUGUGUCUAAGACGGCUGAGGGGCUGUGUUCUAUCCUGUCUCCGUCAGCGGUCCAGUGGGAUGCUAUGACCUUCUUUACAGAGAGUGUUGUGGGAAAGAUCUUUAAGAACGUGGAGGAUGAGAAGUUGCCUGUAGACCAGGGCAUUGAGCUGCUACAGGCUGUGUUGAACUACAACACCAGAGACCCUCUCAUCCUGUCCUGUGUCCUCACCAACGUCUCCGUCCUCUUCCCCUUCGUCACACACCGACCUCACUUCCUGCCUCAGGUCCUCUACAAGCUAUUUGCCUCCAUCACAUUCGAGGUGGUAGAGGAGAGUAAGGCACCACGGACGCGUGCGGUGAAGAACAUCAGAAGACACGCCUGCUCCUCCAUCAUCAAGAUGUCUCGAGACUACCCACAAUUCAUUCUUCCGUGUUUUGACAUGAUGUAUAACCACGUGAAGAAGCUGUUCUCCAGCGAGGCUCUGUUGAACCUGCUGGAGAAGUGUGCUCUUAUGGAGGCCCUGGUCCUCAUCAGUAACCAGUUCAAAGACUACAACAAGCAGAAAAACUUCCUGGAYGAGCUCAUGGCCACUGUGGCCGCUCGCUGGACCUCCGACGAGAUGAGGCGUGUGCUGUGGGAUCCUGCUCUAUUCCUGGACUUCGUUGGUGCUGAUCAGCUGGUGGCUGAAGGCACAGAACACACAACGGGCAUCAACAGGUCACGGUUGAGUUUCUGUGUGUACACCAUCCUGGGGGUGGUGAAGAGGGCCCGCUGGCCGGCUGACCUGGAGGAGGCGAAGGCAGGGGGCUUCGUAGUGGGCUACACCCCUAAUGGAGCCCCCAUCUACAGAAACCCCUGCAACGCCCAGGUCCUGGCUCUGCUGCCCAACCUGCUUGCCCUCAUCAGAACCCACAACAGUCUCUUCCUGCCGGAGAACAUGUGUCGUCUGAGUGAGACGUUCUCCAAGGCCUACGACAUGAUAGAGGUGGAGAAGAACGUGGUUCUAGGCCUGCCUCAGCCAGCCCUGGACAUCUAUGACCCUCCAGUGUUUAAGACUCAUCUAGAGCGCAUGCAGGGAUUCUUCUGUACCCUCUACGACAACUGUUACCAUACCCUGGGGAAGGCAGGCCUAUCAUUGCAGCAGGACUUCUACACCAUCGAGGGAUUGGCUGAACAGAUCGUUGGUUCUGCCUUUGUCUCCCUCGACAACGUGCCUGACCACAGACUCCGCACCAUGCUCCGGGUGUUCCUGAAGCAGCUUGUUGUGUCAUGUCCUCAGGAGUGCUACAACGAUCUGCUCUGCCCCCUGCUGGGCCCGCUGUUUGCCUACAUGCUACAGAGACUCAAUCUCAGGUGGCAGAUCAUCAACCAGAGGAGUACUGUCAGUGGGGAGGAGGAGGAGGACGAGUCGUGUGAGGAGAAUCAGGAGAUGCUGGAGGAGCAGCUAGUUCGGCUGCUCACCAGAGAGGUUCUGGACCUGCUCACUCACGCCUGCAUAAUGAAAAAAGUGCCUGCGCCAGCAGGAAAUAAGGAAGACGUGGAUGAGGAGGAGAUGAUGUCCACUGAGUCCCAGGCAGUUGCUGCCUCCCCAGCCCAGCCAACAGGCGAACUGACGGAGCUGGGGAAGUGUUUUCUCAAACACGAGGACAUCUAUAUGACCUUGUUGACCAUCUCGUUUACCUCUCUGUCCUGGAAGGACACCAGUAACUGUCACCGCAGCGCCUCCAUCGUGUGCUGGACCCUGCUACGACAGGUUGUAGGUGGGAACCUUUUGCCAGAGGCGGUCACAUGGUUCUAUGCCAGUGUUCUGAAGGGACUGCAGAUGCAUGGGCAGCAUGAGAUCUGCAACUCAGCCCUCACACAACUGGCCCUGCUUAUGUACGAGAACCUGCGGCCGCGGUACGUGGAGCUAAGAGACGUGAUGACUCAGAUCCCCGACAUCAAUCUGGAGGCUCUAGACCAGUACGACAAGCGGUUGCUGGAGCCCAGCUCCGCGCAGAGGUUGGGAGAGAAGAAGAGGAAAGACCAGUUCAAGAAGCUCAUUGCUGGCACUGUGGGGAAAGCUCUGGCCCAGCAAUUCAAAAAGGAGGUACAUAUCCGAAAUCUUCCGUCUCUCUUUAAGAAGACGAAGCCUGAGAAAAGGGACAUUCUGGAGACCAGUGAGAGUGGAGCACUAGCAGCGCUCUUCUCCCCAGCACUGGACGACAUCUAGGAGCACAGAGCAGCACAGAGGCCCUCAGUCUGGCCUAACACACACUACAAUCAGCUGUUACAGGACAUCGACUGGACUAGCAUACACACAAACAUGCAUACACUUUCUAUCCUCCCGGGGGAAUUUUACUCCCGAAGGAUUGGCUCAACAAGUGUUCGACGUCUCUACCUUCUCUACCCGACGUCUCGAUCGACAGCUGGAUGAAUGGACUCAGCCUCCCCAUUAGGACAAAGGGAAUCAGAAUAUUCUGUCGUGGACUGAACCCUGCUAACUGCUCGCUAAUAUUUAUCCAAAUAAUGUGAGUGUCUGUCUGCCUUGAUCAGAAAUAUAGAACAAUAUGAUGAUGGUGAUUGUCCUUCAACAGGACAUGGCUUUUGCCAUAAACCCUGCAGGUUGUAAAUGCUAACAAAGAAUUGCGUUAAUACAGCACAUUUCCUCACUAACACAACAGAUUUAAUUGUGUUUUAGUAGAUCCGCAAACAUGGACCAUCCACCUGUGUGCUAAACGACAGCAGCCAUUUUGUGCCAGAAGAACCUGAAUGGGAUCCAGUGAGCAUGUCUGAGGUGUUAUACAACAGACUACUUUGAAGUCUAAGGAGAGCUAUUUUCAAACCAAUGUUUUGUACAGAAUCAUUACUCUGUUGAUGGUUGAAGUAGAAUUGUCAUUGACUUUUUUUGCACUGGUUCUCCCAGCUGUGAACGUAUGAGAAACCAGCACUGCAUUCCACCUAUGUUAAUGGAAAUAGUUUGCCGCAACGUAGACUUUUGUUCGGCGGUAUUGUUUGUGAAAACUGAUCCAAUGUGGUCGAGAGCCCAUAUUUUAUGCCAUCUGUUUUGUAGGUCAUAUUUGUGUGCAUUUGGAAGAAGCUGCAGGUUUGAAUCUCAAAUAAAUUGGGAAAAAAGGCACCAAUUGCUGUGAGGUUUAUAUGUUGCCAGUCUGUCUUUCCCAUUAAUAUGGGACCAAAGCCUGCUGAUUUAUCCAAAUACAUACAGAAUGAUCUGAAUUUUGAUGGCAUAAAAUAUAAUAGGGGACUUGGUUACAUCAUUUUGGGAGGAAUCUUAGAUUUUUGGUAUGAACUACCCCUUUAAAUCUCCCAACCCUGUCAAUGAUUGAUUGUUCACGUGGCCAACUUACUUUUUUCCUUAAUGAAUGUAUAAAAAAACAAACUUGUACAGGGGGAAAGUAUUUAAAACUGUAGUGCUGUUUUUAUAUUUUGCUGAUUUUAAAUAAAGGUAGACUUGAGUCAUUUUAAAUGUUACUUUUUAAAAUA